AUGAAAACACAAAUUUCAAUUUCAAAUAUAUUUUCCUUGCCUUCACUAUUCUUUUCAGUAUUUAUAUGGGCAAGUUUCACCUCAGCAAAUUAAGAAUUUCUGCCUGACUUUGAUUCUAGUAAUUUUCUUGCUCACAGAUAACUAGAUUUUAAUAUAACUGCCUCUGACACCUGCAAAUAAUCUUGUAUUGAUGUCGGAAGAAAUUUUUGCCCAUAAAGUAAUUAUAAAAGUGGACUUUGCUGUGACAUUCUCAGCCCAAACUGCACUAGCAACGACAUAUGUUCCAACGAUGUUUCUGUUACUAACAUGAAAUUGUGGGCUUGCCCUAGUGAAGUCUAUUGUGGGGAUGUUUUAGUAACUCCUUUUGCAAAUGGCACAUCUUUUAAUAUUUCUAUUAAUACAACUGCAAGUUACCGAUUCUCUUAUGACAAAAUUUGCAAGUAUUUAGUAUCGUUUCCUGAUAUUGCUGGAUUAAAUGACAAUAUUCAGAUUGUACCAACUUAUAUAUAUAAUGUUGAGGCAACAUUUAUGUCUGGAGUAUAUUACUCUAAUGAUGUAACAAGAUUGAAUAUGGUGUUACUAAGAACAUAUUCGGCUACUUUCCCUAAUAAAGUAUUUCUCUUAGUAAGGAGUUCAUUGGCAAAUUCAGUAGGUCAAUUCACUUUUAGAGUUUAAUUUAUUAACAAUCCUGAUACUGAUAAAGAUUAAGCUGCAAGAGAUUAACUUAAGAAUAUCUCUAUUAAUGGCUAGGACAUUAGUAAUCAAUAGAAGCUUAAUGAUUUCUUGAAUACAUUUAAUAAAACAAAUUCAGGGGAUUCUGAUUCACUUACAAAGACUAAUAUUAUAAUAAUUGCUGUUCUUGGAGGUGCAUUCGUGGUGUUGGUUAUUGUUGUAAUAGUCUUAGUAGUUUACUGCAAAAGAAAAACUGAUCAAGUUGAGACACUGUCUAAAAGACCUUAAAGUUCAAAUGAUCUAAGAUCAACACAAAAUGGACCUAUGAGGAAAGCCAACUUUGCAAGCCAUGAUGAUUACGAAUCAAUAUGGAAAUCUCAGCAAUUUCAAGAUUAAUUAAAAGCGAAAUUCGGUACAACAGAAGUGACACCUGAAAUGAUUUAAAAAUUCUUCAGUGGGUAGAUGAAUAAGCCUGACCAAGACUAAGUAUAGACUAUACAAGCUUAAAUAUAGAAUCAAGGGGUAAAGAAUGAUGGACACUCAUUAGUCCUUGAUACAAUGAGAGAUAGUAAUAAUAAUAUUAGUGCAACUGUUCAGCUACUUAAUCAGAAUAAGCCUAAAUCAGAGAUUAAUGAUGUAAAGUAGUUUAACUAAACUUUGGGACUAGGUAAUAAUCAUGCAGUUAGCAGUGGUUAAUAACUAACAAAUUUUGAUUAUAAUAGUGAUCAUUAAAUUUAUCCAGAAGCUGAGGCUCUUUAAAAGACUGGAAUAAGGUCAGAAACCUCAAGCCAAAAGGAUAAAAUUUAAAGUGCUAUAUCUAAUGAGAAUUCUGCAACUAUUAGUUAGAGUUACAACAAGGUAAAUUCUAUCAAUUAGUAAAGUAAUGCAUUUUCAAGAAAGGGUACUCUAAGUAGAGUUCAACAAGAACCAGAAUUAUAUUAGCCUUAGAAUUAGGUGAACAUUGGCUAAAACAAUAAUCAAGAAGAGCCAAAGAAAAAACGACUCAAGUCUAAAAAGAGUCAAGGAAGUACUAUAUUUGAUGCUGGAAUUGAAGAACCAGCGUAAAUGCAGUUUAAUAUUGUGUCAAGUGAUGCAUAGGUGUAGUUAGCAACCUAGAAAACCAAAAAGUCAAUGAAAUAGGACAAGUAGCAAAUAUAAAAUCAGAGAACUACAGAUGGGCUGCCUCCUAUUAAUAAGCCUGGAUUGGUUAACUACCAGUAAUCUAGUACUGUAUAUCAAGAAUAAGAUUCAAGAGAAAUUAGAAAGCAAGCUGCUCCUAUUAACUUUUAUGCAAUGAAUGAUAAACAGAAUAAUAAUGAUGACGAUGACUUUUUCUGA